GUUGUGUCUUCCUCAUCCCCUCAUUUGGACUCAACCUUCGCGUCAAAGUCAAAGCUUCGGGCAGCUCCCGUGUGUUCACGACUCAGUGAAGGAAGGAUUUUUCUCACCUCUUCAGCGAGAACUCACAAUCUAACCCUCCCUGAGCUGGAUUGGAACCGUUUUUUUUUUUUCCUUUUUCACCUUUUUUUGGUUGGAAGCAAGUAAAAAUGGGAGCCAGCAUGUCUAAGGGAGAUGUAGCUGUCGAGGGGAAAGCUGCCGCCGUCGCCGCAGACCCCGCAGCAGCCAAAGCCAACGGCCAGGAAAACGGCCACGUGAAGACAAACGGUGACGUGUCGGCCAAGCCAGACGGGGAAGUCGCCGCCGGAGAUGGCAAUGGCACAGCCGAACCGGCCAAGGAAGGAGAGGCCAGCGCCGGAGACGCCAUCGAGCCUGCUCCCGCCGCCGAGGGGGAGGCCGCUAAGACCGAGGGGGAGACCCCCAAGGAUGGCAAGAAGAAGAAGAAGUUCUCCCUGAAGAACUCCUUCAAGUUUAAGGGCAUCUCGCUGAAGAAAAACAAGAAGAGCAGCGAGGAAGCCAAGGAGGAGGCCGCCGCCACCUCCCCCGCGGGCGAGGAGAAGCCCGAGGAGAACGGCCACACGGCCAAGGAAACCAAAGAGGAGACGCCAGCCGCCGACGCCAAAGAAGGCGAGGCAGCCGCGGCCCCGCAGGAAGAGGCCAAGGCAGCCGAGGAGACCCCGGCCGCAGAGGCUGCCCCGGCCGAGGAGGCGGUCCCCGCCGCUGCAACCCCCCCAGCCGAGGACACGACACCCGCAGCCCCAGAGGGCAACGCCAGUGCAGAGUGACGGCACCCUCCAGCCACUGAACUAAAUUUCCAAGAUUAAAGUAUAUAAAUAUAUAUAAGAGAGACUCAAGCCACGUUCUUAAAGUUAUACAACAGAACUACAACAGAAGAUACAGGAUAUAUCACGUUUUGCUGAGUCAACACUUCACUUGCCUUUUUAAGAAAAAAAAAAAUUAAGUUGUACUUUGACAGACGGAAUCUCACCGGGCCCUCAGAUUGAUGUAACGCUUGUGUCGCCCCCUCAUGGUACAAACAGGGACCAGCAUGUGGAGAAAGUCAUGAACUGAAUGAGGAGCGAUAAGGAAUACUGACUUUUUUUACCCCCCCAAAUAAAUGAUUUCUGGAGAUGCAUCGUUUUGACAUCGUGGCAGUUCUAUAACAUGUUUAUUUUCAGCUUUUUUGGGGGACCUAACGAUUGUCACCGUUGCAGAGCGGGGCAUAUUCCAUCUCUUUCACUCCAAAUGACUGUUAUGGACACCUACUCAUUUUUUAAAUUCUACAUUCCUAUGUUUUACCCCCAAAUUUGAAGUAUUUUCUCAUGUAUAGGUAAAAAAGGAUGAGAGGAGAUGGGAGAAGAUCAAUGUCUUUUGUGCAGUUUGAUUCUUUUCAAGCGAUAUUAAACCCCAUUCUGGCUUUUUGAAUAUUGCAGCGGUCGCAUUUCAGAAUUUAUGAUGCGGGUUGGGGUUGUGUACAAAAUGUGAGCUUUUUAUCUGCAAACUUUCUCUGUAAAUAUGUUUUGGCCAAUGUUUUUGGUUCUUUUUUGUUUUGCUAUUGUUUGAAGAUGUUCAUGGUUUUAUUGUAACUUUUAAUAAAGUUAAAUGUUUGAUCCCC